AUGAAAGCAGAGGUCUUGGCCAACUUUGACACCUUCUGGGAACCUUGGUCAGAUCGUACAACUGUAUCCACUUCCUUACAAGAUCAACCGGACGGCACCUUCCGCGUCCGCCCUUCUCGCCAGGACCCGACAUCACGCGUCUUGUGCGUCAAGUUUGGACAAAUCGUGCUGCAUUACCUCCUCGAAAGAUACGACGGCCAGGUGGAUGGCACAUUGCUGAAGGGAGGAGUCACGCUGACUGGCCACACGCGCGUCUUUCGCUCCCUUGUCGACCUCCUGGCCUUUUACAGCGUGAAACGGGAAGCACUGCCAUGCCUUCUGCGAAGUGCAACAAGCAGAGCAGAACAGCCCUCGUCCCGCGCCUCCCUCCACACCCGCCACUCCUCUGAAGCACUCAUCCUCGUGGAGAUGAAUCCAGGCUCCCCUAGAAACGAGGUCGGCAAGUCCAGUUCAGAGCGACGGCUGACGAGAAUACGACGCAAACUUCGUCGUCUUCGCAUCCCCGUCCCAGCACGGUGGUUGCCGCCUGUGUCGCAGCGCAUCUCAAACCACUUGGGGCGACUUCUCAGCAGCAGCAGAACGGCAGAGGGGAGGACAGUGGACAGCUUUGUGCAGUGCACGGAGGAUGCUGAGGAGGAUGACUUUCACGUUGUCAUGCGCAACAUUCGCCAAUUCCUUGACGGCAUGCGCAACUUCGUCCUCGCUCAACAUGGUAAUGCGACACUUAUCGGGAAUGGUCGCGACACCCAGAGCAAGAAGGUGGCACUGCUGCUGCCGCUUGUGUUUUACUUUGCCCUGUGGCACGUUGCACCAGGGGCCCUGCCCAGUAUUAUUGAGAUGAUCUUGCAGAACCGCAUCGUGCCUCGCCUGCAUCAGCACGUAUACAAGCUAAUAAUCAACCACUUUCAAAGCAGACAAGGCGACCUUGCCCAGUUCAAGGCGAACCUGACAGCCCUGCAGCGCUCAGAACCAGAGGACAUUGGCCUGAAUCCAAAGCUUGCGCGCAUCCAGUGGAAGGGGGCAAUUGUGCACCUUGAACGCAUGCAAACCAGCCCAUCUCCCGUGUCAAAACUGCAGGAGCUGUUGUUCUUCGUGGACACUGUGCACGCCAUCUUGGACGACACACGGGAUGUGCACAACAUGGAAGCCGUUGGUGCCGAUGACAUGCUGCCGCUCAUCGUGCACAUCAUCAUCCUCUCGCGCAUCUCUCUGUUUGAAGCAGAAGCGGAGUACAUGUGGGGCCUUCUUGACCCGGCCCUGCUCAAUGGCGAGGGUGGAUAUUAUCUGACCACGCUGAGCAGUGCAAUUCACGUGAUCAAGACGUUCAACGUGACAGAACAUGGCGAGACGCGCCUUGAUGCUGACGCGAAACCCCAAUUGCUCAAGAUGAAAUGGCCCCUGGACCGACGCCCUGGCGUGUACCGAAUGGAAUUCCGCCACGACAACCCCACUGCCUGACACAGUUUGAUGUGAACGCAAACGCUUGUGUCCACUGUGGCACAACCUUGCACUCACACUGGCACUCGCAGACACACUCGCGAUCGCAAACACUAUUGCUGGCUCGAUAGCAGCCUCUUCCCUGCACAACUUUGACGAGCAUGUAUUGUAAUGGUCACAUAAACGACUGACA